AUGCUCGACCCUGCAGCCCUCGCCAAGGACCCGCUCACGACACGGCGCUCCCUCAACCUCGUCCAGCUCGUCGCCCUCUUUGCCCUCGCAGGCGCAAUCGCCGUCGUCGUCUUCCUCCUGACCAACCUCGUCGUGUUCCCGCCAAGGCGCACCCUCACCCCGACCGAGGUCAACACGAUCCUCAACCGCCGCGAGAACGGCGGCACGGGCGUCUUUGCCCGCAAAUGGCGCCGGCGCCUCUUGCCCGCCCGCCAGUUUGGCGACGAGGACGUCCUCGCCGACGCCGACAUUGACGCCCGAGACGCACUCGACAACGCGCAGAAGUGGCGCAUGCGCUCGACCUCGCCGCCGCCAGGGCUGCGCAGCUGCCUCAAGAGCGCCCUCGCCGCCCCGUCGCCCUCGACCUCGUCUGGUGACGAGCCGCUCGCGCCCGCUCGACCCGCAAAGCACGUCCGCAUCGCCGAGCCGUCACUCGUCGGCGAUCUCGAGGCCCUGCGCGAGCGGUGGGCGUCGCCCGACAUGCAGGGCGAGCAGGGCCAUGGCGGCAUCGGCGGGUACCGCUCGACGCGCGACUUUGUCGUCGCGAGGGGCAAGGGCGCGGCGGCAUCGCCCGCCGCCAAGCCUGUACCGGCGGCGGCGACGGCGGGUGCGGCCGUCGACGUGCUGCUGCCGGGCAAGGCGAUCCCGGCGACGACGGCCGACGAGGACGAGUCGGCGUUCGAGAUCGACGAGGACGACGCCGAGCCGUUGGCGCGGCGCCUGCAGCGCCACCACCCGCACCUGUCGGCGCACACCUCGCGUACCUCGUCCAACUCGCCCUCGCCGCUCGGCCGUCGACGCCGAGCACUUUCACCCGCCUCCCUGCACCCUUCCUCCUCCUCAACCGCCCGCUCGUCCUCCCCCGCCUUUGUCGUCGGCCACCACUCGACCACGCACAAGGCGUCGCCCUCACGUCGGCGCGCCCUGAGCCCCAACACGGCCGCCUCGUCGCCGUGGAGCGCGCGCUCGCACUCGGUCUCGCCAGGAGCGGACCGUGCGGCGCCGCGGUGGGUGCGCACAAAGGGCGGCAAGCUCGCGUCGCCCGCGCCGGUGCGGUGGGCCGUGUCGGUCGAGGCGGGCUCGGGCUCGGACGUCGAGGACGAGGAGGACGAGGGCGAGAUCGAGCUCGAGGACGCGGCGACGGACCUCGAGGACGACGACGACAAGCGCCCGUCGCCGCCGCGCGGCAUCUCGACGCAGCUGGCAGGCAUCGCCGCCGUCGCCGCCGUCGUCCCACCUUUGCCACCAUCAGCGUCGCUCCGCCUCGUCUCGCCGCCGGGCUCGGCGUCGCCCGCCCUCUCGAUCCUGAGCGGGGGCGAGUCGCCUCAAGAGUCGCCGACGCCCUCGCCCGCACGACUGCCCGCACUCUCCCUCACGCCGUCGAGCCCACCCGCACCUGUUGCUCAACCCCUCGUCCCGGCACCCGCAACCUCGGCCGCCGUCUCUCCCUCGCCGUCGCCAUCCGUCGAUACCCCUUCGAGCACCUCGACUAGCUCGACCGCCCUCUCUUCCGCCUCUUCCUCUUCCCCUUCUCCCUCGAUCGGCGCCGAGCGCCGUCUCUCCCUGCGUGUCGAACAAGCGCUGCGCGACCAGCAGGGCAAGCGCCGGCCGUCGCGCGAGCUCGAGCUCCAGGUCGGCGCCGGUGCGGGUCGGUCGAGCGCCUUGACGGUGUGA